CGGGGUGCGUGUCGCUCGUAUACGUAUAUGACCUCGCGGCGUUUUGUGUAGCACAAGAGCUUAUUCAAGAUGGAACGCUGCAGCACCCCAGGAUAGGCGCAUAGCAGAGCCGCAAACAGGGAAUCGAUUCUCGUUUUGUUGUAAUCGAGCAAGCGAAAUUUAUUAACGUGUAUGCGAUUCCACGUGCCAAAGCCCCUGUAUGAGUGAGACACGCGUAGUGGGUGAUUGUGAAUUAAACCUGACCAGCUGGGGUGCUUGGUCGCGCACCUAAACUCGUGCACAUGUUUCACUCUCAUCGAAAAGAGGCUACCGCGGCCGGGAUCCAAGCCAGGAUCUCGAGUUCAGCAAAGCAACGCCACAGCCAUUAGUCUACCGUGGCAGGAGCCCAGAAUGGAGCCUGUCCAUCGUGGCGCUGAAUCGCAGCAGCCCCAGCGCCAGUGACUGCCAUCGACUGCAACGACUUCGACAACGGCAGUCCAGAUGGAGAGUUCAACUACAGGCGUCAUCAGAGGCCCGCAGCCCUCGGCCGGUGACCGGACGUCAUCGAUGCCACCCAUCGCGCACUGCGUGGCCUUUUGCGGCGCCUUCGGACUUGUGUUCGCCGUGAGCGGCGCCGUGCUCCUGUCCAGUGGGCUGCCGUACCGGCGGCUCCAGCUUCGCAUCAUCUCGGCGUGCAUGCUCGCUAUGGGUGUCGUCCUGCUCGCAGCUGCCGUUGUGCUUAUCUUCACAUGGCGCAAUCGCCACCAGUUCGGAGCCGUGUACCGAGGGCGCCCCCGGCGAGAGCGGCGUGCGGCUCUCGUCAUCCGUGUGCCCACCAUCAGCGGCACGUAUGUGUACGCCCCCCCGCCUGGGCUCACUGAGGGCGGUGCCGCUCCGUCUCGGCCCCCACCGCCAGCCUACGAGGACGUGGUACUGCCACCACCGUCCUAUGAGAGCGUCAUAAUGCUCAAACAGCUCGAGAAGGCCGCUGGAGUGGCUCAUCAGAUGGCCGAGAUCACGCCCAGGGACUCGGCACCAGGCGCCGCCGAUACAUAGCAGGACCGUGCGCAGAUGAGUCUCACGCCCGCGGGCAGGUUUCACUGGCAGCCCGACGCCUGCCGAUAGCCAGGCGGAAUGAUGUGUGCGCGUGUUGGGACAAGUUACCGCACUGAGCUUUCCCGCGUGCUUUUUGCCCGAGCUCGCAAGGUAAAGCAAGCAGAAUAAACAA